UGUGAGUUGGUGGUGAGUAGUGUCGAGGGACUGAAUAGCGUCGUGUGCUGAAGCAGAGCACGACGGCUGCGGCAGGCGAUGAUCUUGACAAGAGGGUAAUAAAGAGGAAGAAUGACUGCGUCGUGGAACGAGAUGCGUCGUUGGGCUCGGGCAAAUCUCAGGAAGCGGCCGGCGCGUGGAUCCUGCUGGCACGAUUCGCUUGGUGAGUUGAUGACGAAGGACGAGCUGAGCAGAAACCCAGCAGGGAGCUGUGGAAGAGGUGUGGAAUGGCGGUCGCCCACCCGAGGUGCCUGUGUGAAUGAGAGAACGUUCCCGCAAGGAAGUCAUGGGCAAACAGUGCGUGGGUGCGCGAGAGGAGGAAGGUUCGAGCGAGCGGUGGCCUUGAGCACGCGCGGCAACUGGACAUCAGGCAGCUGCCACCACACACCAGGGAGCACCUUGCACACCAAAGACACCAUCACACCCAGAGCCAAAGAAGCACCUCAUCAUGCGCAGCCGCAAGACACCAGGCAACUCAUCAUUAGCAUUAGCAUUAAUCGCGACUACCUGUCUUGCUCAUGAUUUUCCACUGCCCUCCUUCUAACAAGUCCUCG